CCGCACUCAAAUAUUCAAGAAGGCUAUUUCAAAAAUAUGAAACCAGGGAAAAAAUGCAAGUGUAAAAUAAUGCUUAUGAAAAAUUGUAUGCAGUGUAGGUAGUAAUUCUUAUAAAAUUCAUUAGACCCGAAUACUUUUAGCACGUAUAAAUCUUGUGGAGACACUACAUUUUAAGGCGUGGUCUAGUGAUAGAUAGACAUGGAAUUGGCAUCAGAAUUUUCUCUUAUGAUGUCUCAAAUUGGAGAUUCUUUGCAUAUAAGUUAAAAAUGACCAUCCUGGAAUCUUCAUUGGCAUUUUAUUAUACUCUGCUGUGCGCAUGAAUAGCAUACUAUUGAUAUAUGUAAAGUCAAUGUUUUCCUUAACAUAUAAUCUUAGACUUACUUGGAAAUUUGAUAUCACUGCAUAAAUAAUUAGGAAUAGAUAUGGUAAAACAGUAUACCAAUAACUCUUCUGUUAAACCAAAGGGUAUUUUAUUGACAAAGAAUCCUCCAUAUCACCAAAAAUCCUGAGUGUCUUUGACUUCUGAUAAUAAAAGUUUCCUUUAUGUUCUUUCCCUCCUUCUCAACUUCAGAAAAAUGGCUUUCUUUCUACCCUCUCUCUCAAGUAGUAUUUUUCUUGUAUUCAUGUUCUCCAUCACCAGCAUCCCAACUCAAUCACAACAGGUUAAUGGAACAGACUUUUCAUGCCCAGUGGAUUCACCUUCUUCCUGUGGAACAUAUGUGACAUACAUCGCUAAAUCUCCAAACUUCUUGAGCCUUUCUAACAUAUCUGACAUAUUUGACACCAGCCCUUUAUCCAUUGCAAGAGCAAGUAACAUAAAGAAUGAGGGUGACAAGCUGGUUCCAGGCCAAGUCUUACUGAUACCUGUCACUUGUGGUUGCACUCAAAACCAAUCUUUCGCCAAUAUCACCUAUGAGCUAAGGCAGGGUGAUAUGUACGACUUUGUCUCAAAAACAACAUAUGAGAAUCUCACAAAUUGGCGUGCUGUCAACGAUUCAAACCCAGAUUUGAAUCCAGUUCUGCUGCCAGUAGGUGUGAAAGUAUUGUUCCCUUUAUUCUGCAGGUGCCCUUCUAAGAAGCAGUUACAAAAAGGGAUAGAAUAUAUGAUCACCUAUGUGUGGCAGAACAAUGACAAUGUUUCCUCUGUAGCAGCCAAGUUUGGUGCAUCGGCAGUGGACAUAUUGUCCGAAAACAACUAUGGUGGAAACUUCACAGCUGCAACCUAUCUUCCGGUUUUGAUUCCUGUGACGAAGUUGCCGGUUCUUACUCAACCCGAGCCUUCACAUGGAAGAAAGAGAAGCAUUCAAAUCCCUGUUAUAAUCAGUAUUAGCCUGGGGUUCACCCUUGUUGUUGCUGUUAUAGUAAUAUCAAUGGUUUAUGCUUAUCUUUAUCAGAGAAAGAGGACUUUGAAUAGGAGAGACUCAUCUGCUGGGACAGCAGAUAAGCUACUCUCUGGAGUCUCAGGCUACGUGAGUAAGCCAACCGUGUAUGAAGCCAAUGAGGUUAUCAAAGCCACCAUGAAUCUCAGCGAACAGUGCAAGCUUGGGGGCACAGUUUACAAGGCCAAAAUAGAAGGGCAGGUCUUGGCAGUGAAAAAAGUGAAUCAAGUAGUUUCUGAGGAGCUGAAUAUUCUGCAGAAGGUGAAUCAUGGAAACCUGGUGAAACUGAUGGGUGUAUCUUCAGACAGUGAUGGAAACCAUUUCCUGGUUUAUGAGUAUGCUGAUAACGGGUCCCUUGAUGGGUGGCUCUUCUCCAAGUUGUCUUUGAAGGCCUCGCUUACAUGGUAUCAGAGGAUUAACAUAGCAUUGGAUGUUGCCAUGGGUCUGCAAUACUUGCAUGAGCACACUUAUCCAAGAAUAGUCCAUAGGGACAUCACAACAAGUAACAUCCUUCUUGACUCCAACUUCAAGGCCAAGAUAGGGAACUUCUCCAUGGUCAGAACUACUACAAAUCCCAUGAUUUCCAAGAUCGAUGUCUUUGCUUUCGGGGUUGUUCUGAUUGAGUUGCUUACAGGCAGGAAAGCCAUGACAACAAAGGCAGAUGGUGAGGUAGUAAUGCUGUGGAAGGAUAUUAGGAAGAUGUUUGAAGUGGAAGAUGAAAAGGAAAAGGAGGAAUGUCUGAGAAGAUGGAUGGAUCCUAAGCUAGAGUGCCUUUACCCUGUGGAUUAUGCUCUCAGCUUGGCCACGUUGGCCGCGAAUUGCACGGCCGAUGUAUCAUUGUCUAGACCAACCAUGGCAGAAGUUGUUCUUGGCCUCUCCCUUCUCACUCAACCAUCUCAAGCUGCACUAGAGAGAUCAUUGACUUCUUCUGCGUUGGAAGCAGAGGUUACUCAUGUGGCUACUCCCAUAGCAGCACGUUAAUUGGUGACGAAAGUAAUUCAGUUUCUCAGGUUCAAGAGAGUGUUUUCUUCACAUGACUACUGCCUAUAAGCUUUGUUAAUAAGUGUCCAAGUUUAUUGUCGCUUUAAAGUUUCUUUGUUUCAUCCCUUAUAUUCUUUAUCUGUUUGUAGUCGAGGAAUGACUGCUUAUUUCUCUCAAGUUGACAUAUAUGAUAUAUAUAACAAAAAGAAUAUUUUGAG